CCUUACUUGGGCCCCGCCUUAAGGCGGCGGGACCCUGGGGCACCUCCUGCGCUCCUCUCUGGAGUGUUGUACUCAUGGCCACCUUCGAGGAGGUGAGCGUGUUAGGCUUUGAGGAGUUCGACAAGGCAGUGAAGGAGCAUGAGGGCAAGACCAUUUUCGCCUACUUCAGCGGUUCUAAGGAUACCGAAGGGAAGAGCUGGUGUCCGGACUGCGUGGAAGCUGAGCCAGUCAUCCGAGAGGGGCUGAAGCAUGUGGCUGAAGACUGUGUGUUCAUCUACUGCCAAGUAGGAGACAAACCUUACUGGAAAGACCCAAAUAAUGACUUCAGACAAAAACUGAAAAUAACUGCAGUGCCUACACUACUUAAAUAUGGAACACCUCAAAAACUUGUGGAGUCUGAGUGCCGGCAAGCCAACCUCGUGGAGAUGAUCUUCUCUGAAGAUUAAGAUUUGAUGAUCAGACCUUGCCAGACUGUGGUGGCACAUGCCUUUAGUCCCAGCACUCAUGAGGCAGAGGGAGCUGGAUCUCUUUGAGUUUGAGGCCAGCCUGUUCUAAAAAUUGAGUUCCUGAACAGCCAGGGCUACAUAGCAAAACCCUGUCUGGAAAAAACAAAACAAAAAAGCCUAAUGAUUGCAAUUUUGUACUGAUUGCCUGUUUCAUUUAAAAGAAGCCACAUAAUUGCUUUGAAUUGAUGAGUAAAUGAUGUUGUUAAAAUCAUUGUAUGUCUAAACAAUAAAGAAGUAAAAUACAA